CGUAAGGGGCUAUAUUCCUACUACAUAGUACCGCACUUCUCCGUGUUUCUUGCAGUCGACUUUCGAACUCGAUUCAUGUCUUUAGCAUAUUUGCAGGGACCCGACCAGAGUCAAGACAAUGGCUAUUCAACGUUAAGCCCAGCGAGCCGAUUUUGCGGGCGCUGAGAUUGUUGGAGCUCUCUUCGCCUCUCGACUCGUCACUCGAGUCCAUGAUAUUUUUUUUACAAUCAUCGGUCAUAUUCACGAUGCAGACGUAUGUCAGCCCUCAUGUCAUGGAGCAAUCGCUUGACGGGAAACAUCGUUAAUCAAGUUGCAAUUCGGACUGGAAUGAUACAUCAUUCUGCCCCUAUAUUCUAGCAUCAGAUCCUCCAACCAUCUUUCCUCGUCCAAUCUCGUAGCCGGCUACUAUGAUCGGACAAUUUGACACCUACCAAUCCCCAUUCUGUUUCUCUCCACCAAACCAUUUUAAUGCUUCAGCGGGACAAAAUUUCAUCGAUGUUCAGGGAGCAGCAGGAACUUUUCUGCGAUGUGCUGCAAAUCACUGGGUGGAACUAAAGGCUAGAUUCCUUUCAGUUCACGCAGAGCAGAUGUCACGGCCUUCGUCAUCUCCAAUUUACUAUAAUUCAAGUCCGAGAUCAAAGCGUCCCUUGAGGCCACGUUCACCAAAUGUGCAUUUUUGGACUCUGGAGGACAGGAUGAAACUUAUCAAGUCCCGCAAUGCCUCCCAGCGUAGAUCCAUUUCGCCACACGUUUCUCGGCGAUCGACAACGCCAGACCUUGGAGUUCUUCACGUGCACUAUGCUCGCCAGCAUGCCCAUGGCGAAGUAUACGACGAAUAUGACUGUGGAGAAUCCAGUCAAAAGCGCAAGCGAGCUGUCAUUGGCAUCCGCGACGUGAAUAAAACAACCCAGGAAAUGUUGCCAUUCGUACGGCGUCGACAGUCAUACGAAUGCAGCUACAAUGAGCGACAGCCACAAUGGUCAUCAGGUACCGAGGGCUUCGUGAAAACCCAGGUCGACUCCAUAGUGGACCACAAGAUGGCAGACGUCAGGGAUGAAUAUUGUUUUCAGUCCAAUGCGACUCCAGGAUUUUCGAUCAGUGGCGAUUCCACUUCCACAAAGCGCGUCAUUGAUGGUGAACCACCAAAUCAUGCUCGUGGUGUACCACGCAUGUUUGAGAAGGUGCUGGCGUCGAAGAAGACGACAGAUCCCCGUCGACGACCUCGCCCUGCUAUAGUCGACAUUGACAUGACUGCACCUCAAGAUCUUCCAUCCGCCAGUCAUCACCGCCCAUCUCGAGAUAUAUGCAAAGCAAGGCGGAUUCAUCGCAACCAAUCUGCAUCUACGAACGAAGCCAACAAACCUUUAGAACCGGAAGUCAUUCAAGCUGUUGAGCCAAUGCAAACCACUUCGGACCUGAUGCGGGAGAUUUUUGGUGAUGGAGAAGUGGAUGAUGCGGACAGUGUCUUAUCGAUGAUUAGAUACUUGAAUAUUAUGUGAACGAGCAAUGGUUUUAUUUGUAAUUCCUAGCCUUUUGCCAACAGAUCCGUUGAGUC